GCCUCGGAGCCCGAUCAGGAGUGGGAGCCUGAGCUGUGAGUGCAGGCCACCGAAGCCAGGCUUUAGAUAGAGGAAGGUCCUUCUAGACCCUAGACCAGGUCCAUCCUCGGCGGGAGGAGGUGGCACAUUAGUGCCAAGUGCGGGCGGCCACGGACUAUGGCGCCCCCGCGGAACGUGGUGAAGAUUGCCGUUCAGAUGUCUGACGCCAUCCCACAGCUUAUCCAGCUAGACCAGGCAAAGCCCCUGGCCACUGUACUGAAGGAGGUGUGUGACGCGUGGACCCUGACUCACCCGGAGCACUAUGCCCUGCAGUUUGCUGAUGGGCACAGGAAAUACAUCACAGAGAAUAACCGCUUGGAGAUCAAGAAUGGAAGCAUCCUGUGCCUCAGCACUGCCCCAGAUCUGAAGGCCCAGCAGCUCCUGGGUAGGCUGCAGAAUACGAGUCGUGAAGGGUGCUGUGAAGUCCUGAGAAACCUGGUCCUACUGGCCUCAGACAUGACCUUUGCCCAGGAGGUCAUCAGUCGUGAUGGGCUUCAGAAACUAAGCACCAUCAUUGAAAAUGGGGAUGACCUAGGGGAGAUGCUGGCCCUUGGUCUAAGGGCUUUCUUGGAGCUCAUGGAACACGGUGUAGUGUCCUGGGAGACACUCAGCAUCCCCUUUGUCAAGAAGGUAGUAUCUUAUGUGAACAUGAACCUGAUGGAUGCUUCUGUGCAGCCCCUGGCUCUCAGGCUCCUGGAGAGUGUGACCUUGAGCAGCCCUGCCCUGGGCCAGCUGGUGAAGAGUGAGGUGCCACUAGAUAGGCUGCUGGUGCACCUGCAGGUAAUGAACCACCAGCUGCAAACCAAGGCCAUGGCACUGCUGACAGCCCUGCUGCAGGGGGCAAGUCCCGCUGAACGCAAGGAAAUGCUUGACCACCUAUGGAAGAAGAAUCUUCGCCAGUUCAUCUACAAGAACAUCAUCCACAGUGCAGCACCCAUGGGAGACGAGAUGGCUCAUCACUUGUAUGUGCUGCAGGCUCUCACACUGGGGCUGCUGGAGCCACGGAUGCGGACACCACUUGAUCCCUACAGCCAGGAGCAGCGGGACCAGCUGCAGGCCCUGCGCCAGGCAGCCUUUGAACCGGAAGGGGAGUCCUUGGGCACAGGACUGAAUGCUGACCGACGCCGGUCUCUCUGUGUCCGAGAGUUCCGAAAGCUAGGCUUCUCUAACAGCAACCCAGCCCAGGACCUGGAGCGUGUGCCCCCUGGCCUGCUGGCUCUGGACAACAUGGUCUACUUCUCCAGACACGCACCUAGUGCAUACAGUCGGUUUGUGCUGGAGAACAGUAGCCGAGAGGACAAGCAUGAAUGCCCCUUUGCUCGGAGCAGCAUCCAGCUGACAGUGCUACUGUGUGAGCUGCUCCAUGUUGGGGAGCCAUGCUCCGAGACAGCCCAGGACUUCUCACCCAUGUUCUUCAGCCAAGACCACAGUUUCCAUGAGCUCUUUUGUGUGGCUAUCCAGCUGCUGAAUAAGACCUGGAAGGAAAUGCGGGCAACACAGGAGGAUUUUGACAAGGUAAUGCAAGUGGUUCGGGAGCAGCUAGCCCGUACCCUGGCUCUGAAGCCCACCUCCCUGGAGAUCUUUCGAACCAAAGUGAAUGCCCUCACCUAUGGGGAAGUGUUGAAGCUGCGGCAGACAGAGCGGCUGCACCAGGAGGGCACGCUGGCCCCUCCUAUACUGGAGCUGCGAGAGAAGCUGAAGCCAGAGCUCAUGGGUUUAAUCCGCCAGCAGCGUCUGCUCCGACUCUGUGAGGGAAUGCUCUUCCGCAAGAUCAGCAGCCGGAGACGCCAGGACAAACUAUGGUUUUGCUGUUUAUCCCCCAACCACAAAGUACUGCAGUAUGGGGAUGUGGAGGAGGGUGCCAACCCACCUACCCUAGAAAGCCUACCUGAACAACUCCCUGUGGCAGACAUCAGGGCACUCCUAAUGGGCAAGGACUGCCCCCAUGUCCGAGAGAAGGGCUCUGGGAAGCAGAACAAGGACCUCUAUGAGUUGGCUUUCUCCAUCAGCUAUGACCAUGGGGAGGAAGAAGCAUACCUCAACUUCAUUGCCCCCUCCAAACGGGAUUUCUACCUGUGGACAGAUGGGCUGAGUGCCCUGCUGGGCAGUACCAUGGGCAGUGAGCAGACUCGGCUAGACCUGGAGCACCUGCUCACUAUGGAGACCAAGUUACGGUUGUUGGAACUGGAGAAUGUGCCCAUUCCUGAGCAGCCUCCCCCAGUACCCCCACCCCCUACUAACUUCAACUUCUGCUAUGACUACAGCAUCACUGAGCCUUGACUGAAGUUAGGCCACAGUUGGUACUCAAAAAGGGUUGAAAAUCACAGACAACCUGACCAGCAGAGCCUCUGGCAGAAAUAAAGUUAGCUUGGCUUAUAGGUAUGUGUCAAAUCAGCUCUGAACCUGUGGGCUAAACCUGUUGAUAAACAUACAUGUAUUUAAACACAGUAAAUGACCUAAGGACACCGGGUGAGACCAGAAACUUGGACAGCUAGCUACCUUUGGAAGGCUGGUGUUGGGUGGGAAUAGGGACUGCUGCCUUUCUUGAAGUGAGUCUUUAGCCUCCCUUAGUUCUGGACAUGAAGAGGAGGAUGACCUGUCAUCUGAGCAGUCAAAGAAGUGACUGGAAUAUUGGCCAGCUGACAGAAGCAGUAAGGCAGGAUGCACUGCUCCAAAUGGAUGCCUUCCUGGGGACCAGCAACAGGGAUCUGUUGGGAAGCCAUGCUUUCAGAAGACUCCUGAUAGUCUGCCCUCAUUUCUCAACUCUGCUUGGCCCUCGCCCUUGUCUUCUGUAGAGUGCAGAAACCUUUGGUGAGAAGUGCGAGGGACACAAAGGGGCUGAUCAAUGUAAGAGAAUUAAGAUCUAACUCCUGAUCGUAGUGAGGUGGUAAUCAGACAAGCCAGAGUGUGGGGUCAGGAGUGCUGAGGAUAUGGUGAUUCCAGGUAACAGUCAGACUCUAAGCCCCUCAGACAAAUAAUUGCAACCCAGUAGCCCCACAGCGGAGGCCAAAAGCUACCACUACCCUGAGUAACUGCUAUCUACCAUUCAUUACUCCUCAAAUACUGUGUUUCACAUGCUGGUCAUUAAUGCUGUGCCUUAAAAAUUGAUUAAAUGCCAUUUCCUUUGAAGAAAGUGCCAGCAAAACAUUUGACCCUGUAAAAAAUAAAACAAAAACCCUGUAUUCCCAA